AAAUAUGAUCAGCGCCCCCGACGUGGUGGCCUUCACGAGAGAGGAGGAGCGCGAGGAGGAGCCGAGCGCCGAGCCGCCGCUGCCCGAGGAGUACUCGGUGCCGCUGCUGCCCUUCGGCGGCCCCGGCGCCAACCCCUGGUCCAAGGUGGCCGGCUCCAAGUUCAGCCGCGACUUCAUCCUCAUCUCGGAGUUCUCGGAGCAGGUGGGGCCGCAGCCCCUGCUCACCAUCCCCGAUGACGCCAAGGUGCGCGGCGCCUUCGACCUCAACUAUUUCUCCCUGCGCAUCAUGUCCGUGGAUUACCAGGCGUCCUUCGUGGGGCACCCGCCCGGCUGCGCCUACCCGAAGCUGAACUUCGUGGAGGACUCCAAGGUGGUGCUGGGGGACUCCAAGGAAGGCGCCUUCGCCUACGUGCACCACCUGACGCUGUACGACCUGGAGGCGCGCGGCUUCGUGAGGCCCUUCUGCAUGGCCUACAUCUCCGCCGACGAGCACAAGAUCAUGCAGCAGUUCCAGGAGCUCUCUGCGGAGUUCUCCAAAGCCUCCGAGUGCCUCAAGACGGGCAACAGGAAGGCUUUCGCCAGCGAGCUGGAGAAGAAGCUGAAGGACCUCGACUACACGCGCACCGUGCUGCACAACGAAACCGAGAUCCAGAAGAAAUCCAACGACAAAGGGUAUUACACCACCCAAGCGAUCGAGAAGGCCAACGAGCUGGCCAGCGUUGAAAAAUCCAUCAUUGAGCAUCAAGAUCUGCUAAAGCAGAUCCGCUCCUAUCCCUAUAGGAAACUGAGGGAUUCUGACUUCCACCCCUAUGAGCCGGAGUGCCCGCUGGAUGAGGCGAGCGCGAGCUCCGAGCAGGACCUGGCUGCCUCCGAGGCCGCCGAGCCCGGCGACGCGCUCCCCUACGCGCACGUGCCGUCCUACRCCCCCAAACUCAUCAAAGCCAAGUCGGCCAAGUGCUUUGACAAGAAGCUGAAGACGCUGGAGGAGCUCUGCGACRUCUACUUUUUCACCCAGACUCUGGACCAGCUGCAUCAGAUCGAGAGGACCUUCCGAGGCGACGUGUGCUACCUCCUGACGAACCAGAUCAGCAGAGCGCUAUUAAAGCAGCAAAGCGUAACCAACUUCCUCUUUGAAGACUUGUCUCUUCUGGAUGAGAAAGCGCCUGAGAAGCAGCACAGAGGCUGCCAGAGACUCRGUCACGAUGCCGUCAACAGAAAGUGUUUGGAAGAGCUUCCCACUCCUAAAGUGGUGAUCAGCCUGGGGUCGUACAAGUCCAGCGUGGAGUGCGUGCCCAUCAAGAUGGAGCAGGAGAUCGAAGACCCCCAAGACCCCACCAUGACGGACCCCCUGGCUUUUGAGCACCAGGACAACUUGGACUAUCUCGAUGCGGACAUUAAAGGGAGUAUCAGUAGCGGGGAGAGCAUUGAGGUGCUGGGGACGGAGAAGUCGGCCUCUGUUUUGAGCAAAUCGGAGAGCCAGGCUAGCUUGCCCACCAGCCCGAGCCCCCAGGUGGGCCGGAGCAAGGUGGGCAGCAGGAGGACCGUCAGCGAGGACAGCAUCGAGGUUCUCAGCACGUGCCCCUCCGAGUCCCUCAUCCCGGAAGAUUUCAAGGCGAGCUACCCAAGUGCCAUUAACGAAGAGCCUUACGCGGACGAUGAGGAGGGAGGCCUUCGCUUCAGCCCCAAGCUGAGCCUGGAUAACGCCGACGAGCGGGAGGGCGGCCCCGAGCAGGAGGCCUUGCUGCAGGUCGAUUCCGCCUGCUGCAUGGGCAAGGAGAGCGCCGGCUUCCCGGAGCCGCCGGCCGCGCGGCGCGGCGAGGACGAGGACGGCGUGGUGAGCGUCCCGCCGCAGCCGCUGCGGCCGCCCGAGCAGGGCCUGCCCGGGCCCUUGGCGGGCGGCCCCGACGGCGCCUCCGCGGGGCUCCUCUGCUACGAGCUCGAGCCGGCGGGCGGCCGCGACRCCGCCAAAACCAGCCUGGACGAGUGCUCCGACUCCACGAGCUACAUGAGCAGCGCCGCGUCCACGUGCUCGGAGCGCAGCCCUUCUCCCGGCCACGCCGCCGUCCCCGCCGGCGACCGGCACCGCAAACGGGCCGGGCAGAACGCGCUGCGCUUCAUCCGGCAGUAUCCCUUCGCUCACCCCGCCAUCUACUCCCUGCUCAGCGGCAGGACCCUCAUCGUGCUGGGGGAGGACGAGGCCAUCGUCAAGAAGCUUGUGACGGCGCUCUCCAUCUUCGUGCCCAACUGCGGCGCCUACGCCAAGCCGGUGAAGCACUGGGUCGCUUCCCCUUUGCACAUCGUGGAUUUCCAGAAGUGGAAGCUGAUCGGGCUGCAGAGGACGGUGUCUCCGGCCGGGGUGAACAUGCUGCACGCGCUGGGCCGCUACAGCCGCUACGUCAGCAUCCUGGACGCGGACAGUAAGACCCUGCGCUGCCCCCUUUAUAAGGGGACGCUGGUGUCCAGGCUGGCCGACCACCGCACGCAGAUCAAGCGCGGCAGCACCUACUACCUGCACGUGCAGAGCGUCCUCGCGCAGCUCUGCUCCAAAGCCUUCCUCUUCACCUUCUGCCACCACCUGCACCUCCCCAUCAGCGAAAGGGAAUCCGAGGAGGCGGUCGUGAACCGCAGGAUGAACUUUCUGAAGCUGCACCUGGGCCUUGCUAAUGAAGAUAUCAAGAUUGUACAGUAUCUGGCUGAGCUGCUGAAGCUGCAGUACAUUCAGGAACCCGACCAGGGSGGGAACCCUCUGCUCAGAUUUGACUAUGUUCCCAGCUUUUUGUACAAAAUCUAGUGUCAUCUCUGGGCUGUCCACCGUCGUGCUUGGAUUCCCACAAAGAUCAUCCGUGCUUGACGUUGCUGCUGUCUCUAGUAGCUCUCAUAUAUCAGGAACGGGCAAAAAUCCUGCUGCUUUUGCAAGUGUCUCUGCUCRGUAGAAAUUAAUGUCCAAGCGACCUAAUUUCUGCGUGGCCCAGAGCUUAGAUGUUUCAUCACAUAAAACACUGGCCGCUCUGGUUUUAAUGUUGAAAGGGACACUACUAACUCCUAAUGCACUGGACAGGAGUGUUGCAGGGGGGUUAUGGCAUGGAGAGAGGUGGGCUCUCACCUGAAGUGAUAUUUAGCCACGUGCACCCCAAAAUGUGCGGAGCCCAGGAUGCUUUUGCUGUCUGCUCUGGAGCCGUGGCAGAGACUGGGGAAGCGUAAAAGCCGCGUGAAGACUUGAAUCCGCCCGUGUCUGGCCCGCGUGUGGGGUGUGAUUGAUGUGCAUGCUGAAGAUUGCUGGGGAGAUGGCAGCAUGCAGUCACCCGURCGACACCGGGGUGGCCUGCGUCCUUUGGGGAAUUUUGAGAGUUCCCUGGCGCUUCCCAGAGCUGGCUGUCCCUGAGGCCGCGGGUGGCCAUGGAAGCGCGGGAGCUUCUGCACCGGGAAUGCUGCCCGAUCCCCGGCCUUGCAGGAACGGGGCGCCUGGAGAGGCUUCUGCUGCUGUGAAUGUAGAGCCUUGUGCCUUGGUAAGGGACACAUCCUGCUUGCGUGGCCACCA